AUGGCGUAUGGCUGGGUUCCAUCUCAGUGCUAUAACGGCGAUCUCGUCAGCACGUAUAACGCAUAUAAUAUGAGCCCUUGGGCAUUCGACAAGAACCUCACCAAGCCAGCGUCCGAACAACGUCGAGCAUCAACGACCGCUAAUACACAACUUGUCGGCGUCAACCGAACACCGGCACCACUGCAAGGGACUAUUUCUGCACGGGGAAGCGCCAACGGGCCCUGUAGUGCCAGCAUUCUUUCAUUGCGUGGAUAUGGAAGAGCCGUUCUUGCUUCGAGAACACAUGUAUGA